AUGUGGUCGACUCUACUCCUCUCUUCUCUCCCCCUAUGGGUGCCGGGGGUGCAGGCAGCCUUUGAAAUCAUCACCACCGAUAGCGCCUAUACGAUUGACGCGAACUCGCCCAACCCGCUCCAAUUUACCGUCGACCGGGCCAGCUGCGAUGUCACCUCUAUCAAGUUCAACGGCGCGGAGCUGCAGUACGAGGGUAAAGGGAGCCACAUCGGCUCCGGACUGGGCAGCGCAACUGUCUCGGCAACCAAAGACGGUGGGUUGGAAACAGGCGACUAUAUCAAGGUGGUAUGCGAUGCGGACACUCUUACGCAGUAUUUCGUGGUUCACAAUGGCGACCCUAUCAUUCAUAUGGCUACCCAUAUCACUGAAGAGCCGUCCAUUGGCGAAAUGAGAUACAUUGCUCGUCUGAACGCCGAGCUGCUCCCCAACGAGGAACCCUUCGGGGAAGUCUCUACUACGUCCAGUGGCACGGCUGUUGAGGGUUCCGAUGUGUUCCUCGUGGGCGGACAGACCCGCAGCAAGUUCUACUCCAGCCAGCGAUUCAUCGACGACCAGAUCCACUGCGUCUCAGGAAGCGAGCACCGCGUCUGCAUGAUCCUAAACCAGUACGAGAGCUCAUCCGGUGGCCCUUUCCAUCGCGAUAUCAACAGCAACAACGGAGGGGACUACACUACGCUCUACUGGUACAUGAACUCGGGCCACGUCCAAACAGAACCCUUCCGAAUGGGUCUCCACGGACCCUACUCGAUGUACUUCAGCCGCAGCGGAACCCCAGAAACCGACAUCGACACUUCGUUCUUCGCGAACCUCGACAUCCAAGGCUAUGUCCCUGCCGCCGACAGGGGGAAAGUCAGCGGGACCGCAUCGGGGGCUGAUGCAGACUUCGACUGGGUGAUUCACUGGCACAACGACGACGCCCAAUACUGGACCUACACCAGCAAAGACGGCAGCUUCUCCUCCCCAGCCAUGAAACCCGGCACCUACGACAUGGUCUACUACCAGGGCGAAUUCGCCGUAGAGACCACCUCAGUCACAGUAACAGCCGGGUCCACCACAACGAAGGACAUCACCGGCUCCGUAAAGACCGGCACUACGAUCUUCAAAAUCGGAGACUGGAACGGACAACCAACCGGCUUCCUCAACGCAGACAAUCAACUCCGCAUGCACCCCUCCGACGAGCGCAUGGCCGCCUGGGAACCCUUAACCUACACAGUCGGUAGCUCCGAGCUAACGGAUUUCCCCAUGGCUAUCUUCAAGGGUGUCAAUGACCCUGUGACAAUCAGCUUUACUGCAACGUCGGAUCAAACGGGUGCUGCUACGCUCCGGAUUGGGACGACGCUUUCUUUUGCCGGUGGACGGCCUCAAGCUACUAUAAACAAAUUCUCCGGCGAAACCCCACCAGCGCCGACAAACCUCAACUCGCGGGGCGUCACGCGCGGCGCAUACCGCGGCUUCGGCGAGGUGUACGAUGUGGAUAUUCCUGAGGGGACGAUCGUCGAGGGGGACAACACGGUUACGAUUAGUGUUGUGUCUGGGAACUCUGGGGAGGAAUUUUUGAGUCCGAAUAUUGUGUUUGAUUGUGUGGAACUGUUUCAGUGAUCUACCUUUUACACAUAGGUAUAUGAAAUGGCGAGUUGAGGGUAGGUCUGGUGUGGGUGGAUG